CUGCGCACUUCCUUAUCCGUCACCCACUCUCCCUCGCUAAACUUCCCGAACCAGUAACCAUGCCUCUUCCUCAGCAUUCAUCCUCUUCGCAGUAUUUUUAGCUGUCAGAUCCUUUCAAUGGCAUCGUCAUCACCAGCACAAUCAUCUCCGUCCAUUAAGUCAUGGAGGACAGCGUUUCUGACCUUAAGAGACGAAACCCUAACACCUCCACCUCUCACUUCCGUUCCAAAUCUAAUCCGCAACAUCAUCUUCUCUCAUUCUGAAAUCUUCAUAUGCGCCGCACAAGAUUUGCCCCCUCACGAGGUGGCGUCGGAUGUGAUGUUUCUGGUGGAGAUAGUGGCAUCUAUUCCUGAAGGCGAGGAAGUAGUGGACACCUUUAUACACACCUGUCACCUGAUCCAUGGUAUUAGCUGCCGAGUCUGCCUGGAAAUGAAGUCUUCUUCUUGGACCACUUUGUUGGACUUUCUUGAAAAGAUGGUAGAAUGGUUUCUUUGCAGAGCUGAUACAAAGACAGUUUUAUCCGGGAAUGCUGCUAGAAUAAAAGCCGUAAGGGAGAUUUUAGAGACUAUCAGAAACUGCUCACAAUUAGAGAGCACAAAACUAGUCAAGCUCGUUCUCAAAAUUGUUUCAUGCUCGCAUGCUGAGCUGUUUUCCUCAUCUUAUUCAAUUGGCAAUCAACGGUAUGCUGCUGAUAAUGGAACCAGAACCCCCAAGUUUAACAAUUUGUGGGAGGUUCAGACCCUUGCUUUCGCCAUGAUAGGGGAUGCAUUUGCAAGAGUUGGGUCUUCUGUUUCAGGGGAUAUGUGGCGAUCUACACUUGAGGUUUUGAGGAAAGUGAUGGAUGUCUUGGCAUCAAAGGGCCUGCUUAUAGAAGAUAAUGUCAUGUCCAGGUUUUAUACCUCUCUUCUGCAUUGUCUCCAUUUGGUUCUCUCCAACCCAAAAGGUUCUAUAUCGGACCAUGUAGCAGGUUUUGUAGCAUCAUUGCAAAUAUUCUUCAUAUAUGGCCUAACUAAUAAAGGGCUUUUGCUUUUACCAAAUUCCAGCAGUAAAGAGAAGGAAGUUGUCUCUUUGAAUAUAAAUUCAAGACUGGAGGAAUCUAGCAGCACUGAUAAAGGUCCUUAUAGACCUCCACAUCUACGCAAAAGGGAAGGGAUGAGUACACAGCCAUUUAAAGCCUGGGAUUCUUGGAAAAGUCCAGAUCGUGAAUCUUCUGCGCCUGGUUUUGCAUCAUCAGAUUCAGAGCACAGUGAUAGCGAUGGAUCAGUAAAAGAUGCAGAUCGCUUUCGGUGCUCCAAGGCUAGGAUAUCUGCCAUUAUUUGCAUACAGGAUCUUUGUCAAGCUGAUCCUAAAUCGGUUAGUGCUCAUUGGAAGAUACUUUUGCCAACCAGUGAUGUGCUACAACCAAGGAAGUAUCAGGCAACUCUAAUGACAUGCUUGCUUUUUGAUCCCAUCUUAAAGACACGGAUUGCAGCUGCCUCAACUUUAGCUGCCAUGUUGGAUGGUCCUUCAUCCGUUUUUCUGCAAGUAGCUGAAUACAAAGAAUCCACAAAACGUGGACCGUUUACUACUCUUUCAAGCUCCCUCGGUGAAAUUCUAAUGCAGCUUCAUACAGGCUUACUACACUUGAUUCAUCAUGAAACACAUAGUGGAUUGUUGGCAUCCUCAUUCAAAGUUCUCAUGCUUCUGAUUGCUGCUACUCCAUAUGCUCGAAUGCCUGGAGAGCUGUUGCCUGCUGUUAUUUCUACUGUGCAGAUGAGGAUUUUAGAGGACUUGUCAUUUAAAACUGAACAGUCUAGUCUUCUGGCCACUGCUCUUAGUUGUUUGGUUGCUGCUCUGUCUACAUCGCCUCCCUCCACACGGGUGGCAGAAAUGCUUCAAGAAGGAACACCAAGAGGUGUUGCUGGAACCCAGGCAAAGUCAAACACACUUCAUGUUUUAUUUCAGUUUUCCCAACAAGCAAUACAUCCUGCUACAAGUUUUGAGGCUCUCCAGGCUCUAAGAGCAGUAUCACACAACUACCCAGGUAUAAUGUCUGCAUGCUGGGAGCAAGUUUCUGAUACUGUUUAUGCAUUGAUGCAAGUGGGCAGCCCUGCUUGUCCUAGCCAUGAAGUUCUAGCUUGGCCAUGGAAGGGAGAUACUGGAAAUACUUUUGGAUCAGUUGUAGAAAAAUGCAUUAUGGCUGCCGUUAAGGUUUUGGAUGAAUGCCUUCGCGCAUCAUCUGGAUUUAAAGGAACAGAUGACCUUUUAGAUGAUAAAGUACUGGACACCCCAUUUGCAUCUGAUUGUGCAAGAAGGGCAGAAGUGUCAUCAGCUCCAUUAUAUGUAUUAGAUGGUCCAGAAGUCUCAAAAGGCAACUCCGUGUCGCAUUCAUCAGGAAUCAAGCAGUGGUGCGAGGCUAUUGAGAAGCAUCUUCCUCUGACUUUAUUGCACACUGCUCCAAUGGUAAGGGCAGCAUCAGUUACUUGUUUUGCCGGGAUAACAUCUUCUGUUUUCUUUUCUCUCCCAAAGGAGAAACAGGACUUCGUACUUUAUUCUGCUAUCAGUGCAGCAUUGAAUGAUGAGAUUCCUUCUGUCAGGUCAGCUGCUUGUCGAGCCGUUGGGGUCAUUGCGUGUUUCCCACAAAUUUUUUGCAGUGCAGAGAUUCUGGAUGAGUUUAUCCGUGCUGUUGAGAUUAACACACAUGAUACCUUGGUCUCGGUGAGAAUAACGGCCUCCUGGGCUAUAGCAAAUAUAUGUGAUUCUAUUCGUCACAGUGCAAGCAAUUUGCCUUUGGAAAUGUUUUCUGCAGUAGCUCCAAAGUCUGGUAACAGCCCAGUAUCCCUUUUAGCUGAAUGCGCUCUGCGGUUAACAAAAGAUGGUGACAAGGUCAAGUCAAAUGCAGUGAGGGCUCUUGGGAAUCUUGCGAGAUUUGUCAGAUUUACAAGUCAACCUACUGUGUCAAAUGGGCUAAAGGAGGGAGAUUGCAAUUGGCUGGAGAGAAUGGUGCAAGCAUUUGUUUCUUGUGUAACAACUGGAAAUGUGAAGGUCCAGUGGAAUGUUUGUCAUGCUCUAGGCAACCUUUUCCUGAAUGAGACAUUGAGACUGCAAGAUAUGGCUUGGGCUCCUUCUGUUUACAGUAUUCUUCUACUUCUCCUUCGUGAUUCAACUAAUUUUAAGAUCAGAAUACAUGCUGCUAUUGCCUUGGCUGUGCCAACAUCAAGAAUUGAUUAUGGGGGCUCGUUCUCUGAUGUUGUUCAAGGUCUGGUGCAUAUACUGGAAAACCUUGGUUCAGAUCAAGUCUUCGCACCAUCAAGUUUCAAGUAUAGGGCCACACUCGAGAAGCAGUUAACAUCAACAACCUUGCACGUGCUCGGCCUGGCUUCAUCCCAGGAUCCACAGCCUCUGAAAGAGUUUCUUGUUAAAAAAGCAUCUUUCCUAGAGGAGUGGCUCAAGGCAUUAUGCUCGUCACUGGCCGAUGAAGUCUGCGAUCAGCCCAAGACGGAAGCUACUUCCACGGAGAAUCAGAGGGGUGGAUCCACAUCUUCCAUUCAGAAGAAAGCAAUGGUGUCCAAAGCAAUAAGAUCAUUACUUCAGGUCUACGAAAGCAGCAAUCACCACCAGAGCAUUGCACGGAGGUUUGAGAAAUUGGUUGACUGCUUAUCAUGAGUACUUGCCAUGGAUGCGAGCAUGGGCCCACCUAAUGAUCUGCAACCUGGGUCAAAUGGGUAUUUGAGAUUCCAUCCAUUUUCAGAGGCCUGUGGAGUAUUUCGGGAUUUUGAAUUUAAGCAUCGGUUGGGAAGGCAUGUCGGCUUUUUUUUUUUUGGUUGAUGGUGAUGUGCUUGUCAGGAAUGCCUACAGGUUGUUACAAAGGGCUUAUCUCAUAGUCUCUUGUAUUCUCUCUUGUAUAUGUGAAAGGAUUUUGCUUUCGGUUUGCUCGUCUUCACUGAAUUUUAUGCUUCCCUGUUUAUUUAUUUCA